AGCUACCGUGGCCUCCCAGGUUUCAUUUUGGAAGUGAAAACGCCGGAGCGCCUUCGAUUGGAGCUUCUUCUCCUUCUCAUCGUUGUCUCCCGGACAAACCCUAGCUUUUUCCGGAGCUACGAAGAAGCUCAUAAGAGUUUUGGAGUCAUGAGUGGUCUGUCUAAUAUCUUCUCCGUUCUCAAUAUGGACGCUGAGGAUGAUAAAGAGGAAGUAGCACCAUUGGCUGCUGCCAAGAAUGGGGCUGGUGCUGCUAAAUCAGAUAAAAACAAUGGCAAAGGCAAGACAUCAGGAAAGCAAUCAACUCUUAUUAAAAAUGAAUCUAAUCUAGAGAACCCCAAAUCGUCUUCAUCUUCAGGAGAGUACAGAUUGCCACUUGUGUGGAUUGACUUGGAAAUGACUGGGUUGAAUGUUGAAGUUGAUCGUAUUUUAGAGAUUGCUUGUGUCAUAACAGAUGGUAACCUGAACAAGUUGGUGGAGGGUCCUGAUCUGGUCAUUGGACAAACCAAGGAGUGCUUAGAUAACAUGGGGGAAUGGUGUCGGGAGCAUCAUGCAGCUAGUGGUUUAACAAAAAGAGUUCUGCAAAGUACAAUUACUGAGCAUGAUGCAGAGAAACAGGUUAUUGAUUUUGUGAAGAAAUAUGUAGAUUCAGACUCGCCACUUCUGGCUGGAAACUCGAUUUAUGUGGACUUCAUGUUUUUGAAAAAAUAUAUGCCGGAAUUGGCAGGUCUCUUCCCUCAUGUACUCGUUGAUGUUAGUAGUGUUAUGGCGUUAUGUGUGCGAUGGUUUCCCAAAGACAAGAGAAAGGCCCCUAAAAAGGAAAACAAACACAGAGCAAUGGACGACAUCAAAGAAAGCAUCAAGGAACUCAAGUUCUACAAGGACAAUAUUUUCAAAGCGCCGAACCGGUCAAGGCACUGAUAUAACUAGAACAUCAUGUACAACUAUUGGUACAUCUUUAGAUUAUAUUAACAUCAUGCGAAUAUCGGUAUCAAGCAGGGUCAUGUUUUUUGUUUUAGUUAAUUUUUUGCUCAACACCAAAUCCACUUAAGGUGUCUUUUCACUCAUAUGUCUUAUUACAUUCAAUAUUUAUAUUCUCAAUAUAUUUUCUUCAUCACUAAAAAGACUUGCCAGUUUGUCAUCA